AUGGCCUACCAGCCUGCUAUCAUGAGCGUCUCUUUAGGGCGAGCAUGGCUCCAUGAUUUUGAAUACAAGAUGGGCCAAGCUUCAAAAGCAGGUUUCAAAGGAAUAGAAAUCUUCUAUGAGGACCUCGAUUAUUUCGCAAGAAAUAUCUCUAAAAACGACACUCCAACAGCCGAUCAGCUGCUCCAAGCAGCAGAUGAGAUUCAGUCAAUCUGUCAAGCCCACGCCCUCGAUAUCAUCACGCUGCAACCGUUCCUCUCCUACGAGGGACUCAAAGACCGAGUGCAGCAUGCAAAGCUUAUCGAAAAGAUGAAACUCUGGCUUCAGCUCGCUAAACGCUUAAACACCACCACCAUUCAAAUACCCGCCAAUUUUCUCCCAGCAGACGAACUCACAGACAACAUUGACGUCAUAGUUGCCGAUCUGAGGCAACUGGCAGAUAUGGGCGCAGCCGAAACUCCUGUUAUCCGCUAUGCAUAUGAGAAUCUCUGCUGGAGUACAAUCAACGACACCUGGGAGAAAGUCUGGGAUAUGGUCAAGGGUGUUGAUCGACCUAAUUUCGGCAUAUGUCUUGACACAUUCAACAUCGCGGGGAGAGUGUGGGCCGAUCCCGCCUCGCAGACUGGCAAGACAGUCAAUGCGGAUUCGGAUUUGAAGGAGUCUCUCGAGCGAAUGGUAGCUGAGAUUGAUGUCACAAAGGUAUUUUAUCUUCAGGUUGUGGAUGCAGAGAGGAUGGAAUCGCCACUAGUGCCUGGUCAUCCCUUCCACGUGGAAGGCCAGCCAGCGCGAAUGAAUUGGUCGCGGAAUGCGAGAGCAUAUAUGUACGAGGAUGACCGCGGAGCAUAUCUGCCAGUCGAGGAUGUUGCAAGGACCAUUGUGUCAGGAUUGGGAUACAAGGGAUGGGUUUCGAUGGAGUUGUUUUCGAGAACGAUGGCUGAAAAGGGUCAGCAUGUACCUGAUCAGCAUGCGCAGAGGGGCAUCGUGUCUUGGAAGAAGCUACAGGAGAGACUUCAUCUCAAUUAA